AUGUCUAAUAGCUUGCUCACUGUUCCUGGCGUUAAAAACACGCAAGUAGAUAUUGAUAAACUUACAACUGAAAUUAAGAAUGUUUGUAAAGAGAAGCACCUUCUUGAUUCUAAAGUAUGGUUAGAAAAAGUUAUCCAACUUUAUCAAGUCCAAGUUACUCAUCAUGGUCUUAUGAUGAUUGGACCAUCCGGCUCUGGAAAAUCAAUGACAUGGAAAGUAUUGCUUCAAGCUUUAGAACGUGUUGAAGGAUGCAAAAAUGUUACUUACAUUAUUGAUCCUAAAGUUAUGUCUAAAGAUGCACUUUAUGGUAAUUUAGAUCAAAAAACUAAUGAAUGGAAAGAUGGUUUAUUCACUCAUAUUUUGCGUAAUAUUAUUAAACAUGUUUGUGACAAAAUUUUCAAAAGACAUUGGAUUAUAUUUGAUGGCGACAUUGAUCCAGAAUGGGUUGAAAAUUUUCGUUGUGGUACUGUGUGGUUCUCAUCGGAAGUAGUUACCCUUGAAAUGAUUUAUUAUAAUUAUUUGGAAAAAUUAAAAUACAUUCCUUUGGAUGAUGACAAAGAAGUUGUAUCUUCUAUUUGUAAAGUUGAGAGUAGAGAAAAGACAGCCUCGCCGCAUCUUAGCAUACAAUAUGCAAUCUCUAAUAUGCUUAGUAAGCAUAUGACUAAAGAUGGAUUAGUUACAAGAACUCUCAUGCAAGCAGGAAAAUUCGAUCAUAUUAUGGACUUUACUUAUAUGCGGGUGCUUAAUACACUAUUUUCAUUACUAAACAAAGCUGUUUGUAAUGUAAUUGAAUAUCACAUACAACAUCCUAAUUUUCCAAUGACAGCAGAACAUUUAGAGAAAUAUGUGACAAAACGACUAAUUCUUUGUGUUAUUUGGAGCUUCUCUGCAGAUGCUAAGUUUGAUCAUCGCGUUGAGUUAUGCAAUUUUGUUUGUGGAAUAACUACAGUCGAUUUACCUCAUGUAUCAACGGGUUCAAUCUUAAUUGAUUAUGAUGUUCAAAUCAAUAAUUGUGAAUGGAUAUUAUGGGCUGACAAAAAUACAAACCUCUUUUAUUAUGUGGCCCACCUGGAUCUGGAAAAAAAUUUAUUUUAUUUAAAAAUAUUCGAUCAAUAUUGUGAAUAUCAUAAGACUCCAAAUGGUGUUAUUUUGUCACCAAUUGCCAUUGGGUACAGACUUGUAAUAAUUUGUAAUGAAAUCAAUCUUUCUGUAACCGAUCAGUAUGGUACUCAAAGUGUAAUCUCUUUCUUGAGGCAAUUGAUUGAAUGUGGUGGUUAUUGGAGAAUGUCAGAUAAAGCAUGGGUUAAGUUAGAACGAAUACAAUUUGUUGGAAUUUGUAAUCCUCCAACUGACCCUUACCGUGCGCCGUUAUCUCACAGAUACCUUCGUAACACUCCAUUAAUUAUGAUGGAUUGUCCAAAUGAAAUUUCACUUAAUCAGAUUUAUGGGACCUUUGCUCGUGCCAUGUUAAAAGUCGUUCCUUCACUUAAAGAAUAUGCUAAACCAUUGACAGCUUCGAUGGUUGAAUUUUAUCUAAUGAUUAAAAAACGGUUUACUCCAGAUAUUCAAUCCCAUUAUAUUUACUCUCUCCGUGAAUUGACUAAAUGGAUGAGAGGUAUAUUCGAAUCAAUUAAACCUAUGAAAGUUCUUAAUGUUGACGGUUUGAUACGUAUUUGGGCGCAUGAAGCUUUGCGAUUAUUCCAGGACCGUCUUGUCACUGAUGAAGAAAGGAAAUGGGUAGACGAAAAAAUUGAUUACAUUGCUAUAAACCAUUUUCCAAACUUGAACAAAUCUGAAGCUUUGCGUCGUCCAAUUUUAUUCUCUAGCUGGCUAUCCAAAAAUUAUAUCUCUGUUGAAUAUGAAGACUUACAUGAUUAUGUUAAAGCUCGUCUCAAAAUCUUUAAUAAAGAAUUGGACGCCUCAUUAAUUUUGUUUGAUGAUUUCAUGGAUCAUGUUCUCCACAUUGAUCAUGUAUUUAAACAAAUGCAAGGGCACUUACUUUUAAUUGGUGUAAGUGGGUCCGGUAAGACUAUUUUGUCUAGAUUUGUUGCUUGGAUGAAUGGAUUAAGUGUAUUCCAAAUUAAUUCGCAUAACAAGUAUACUAUAGAUAAUUUUGAUAACGAUUUAAGAACAGUCUUAAAAAGGGCUGGUUGUAAAGGGGAAAAAAUUUGCCUUAUAAUGAAUGAAUCAAGCAUACCAUAUUCAAGUUAUUUAGAGCGUAUGAAUACUCUCCUUGUUAAUGCUGAAGUCCCUGGAUUAUUCAAAGGUGAUGAGUAUAAUGCUUUAAUAACAAAUUGUAAAGAGGGUUCUCAAAGGGAUGGAUUAAUGAUAGAUUCUUCAGAAGAAUUAUAUAAAUGGUUCACACUUCAAAUAAUGAAAAAUUUGCAUAUUGUAUUUACAAUGAUUCCUCCUGAAGAUGGUCUCGCUUCUCGUGCAUCAAAAUUUCCCGUUCUUUUCAAUUGUUGUGCUUUAAAUUGGUUUGGCGAUUGGUCUGAUCAAGCACUCUUUCAAGUAGGCAUGGAACUCACCCAAAAUUUGGACUUGGACCAUCAAGCAUAUUCAGCUCCUAGCAAUUUCCCUAUUAUGUAUAGACAAUUUCCUUUGCCGCUUUCAUCUCGUUCUGCCGUUAUGAAUGCAUUCAUUUUCGUCCAUAAGUCCCUUUAUGAAAUUAAUGUAAAAUUAAACAAAUGUCAAGGUCGUUAUAAUUAUGUUACCCCGUGUCAUUAUUUGGACUUUAUCACCCAUUAUGUACGAUUAUUCAGUGAGAAACGUAAAGAACUUGAGGAACAGCAACGUCAUUUAAACAUUGGAUUAAAUAAAUUAAAAGAAAUUAAUAGUCUUCGUAACGAUAUGAACAUUAAGUUUAAAGAGCUUCAAAAAAAGGAAUAUGAGGCUAAUGAACUAUUCAAAAAAUCGCUUGACGAACAAAACGACGCUGAAAAACGCAAAAAAGAUUUAAAGGAAAUUUUACUUGCUCUCGAAGUCCAAAACGAAGGAAUUGAAGAACGUCGAAUAUUUUUAAUUGAUGAAUUGGCCAAAAUUGAAUUGGCUAUUGAGGAUGCCAAAAAGAGUGUAAGAGGUAUCACAAAACAACAGCUUAUUGAAAUAC